AAGCCAAGAAAUGGAAGCUCCUCCGAGCAACAGAUGGAUUGCUACGGUUGCCAGCAUUUGGAUCCAAGCAUUUGCGGUCCUUCCUACACCUUCGGCAUUUACUCCUCCGCCCUCAAAUCAUCUCAAAACUACGAUCAAUCCACUCUCGACACUGUCUCCGUCUUCAAGGACAUCGGCGCCACCGCCGGAGUUCUUGCCGGCUUACUCUACUCCGCUGUCGUCUCCACGGAUCGCCCCCGUCGCCCAUGGAUCGUCCUCUCCGUCGGAGCAAUUCAGUGCUUCCUUGGUUAUAUUUUCAUUUGGGCUGCCGUCUCUGGUUUAAUCCCUCGGCCGCCGGUGUCGGCUAUGUGUUUGUUCAUGUUCUUAGCCGUCCAUGCCCAAGUCUUCUUCAACACGGCAAAUGUCGUCACUGGCGUUCAUAACUUCCAGCUCUACGGCGGCACCAUCAUCGGCAUUCUAAAGGGAUUUCUGGGUCUAAGUGGAGCAGUUCUGAUCCAAUUCUCUAACACAUUCUACAGCGGAGACCCAAUAAGUUAUCUUCUGAUGCUGGCGAUUUUACCGGCGCUCACGACUGUUCUGCUCAUGAGAUUCGUCGUAAUCGAAAAAACAGAGAUCGGUAACGAAUCGACCCAUUUGAACUCUCUCUCAAAAAUUGCUCUUAUAAUCUCUUGUUAUCUCACAAUUCUCAUCAUUUUGGACAACGUUUUCUUUUUACCAACAUGGGUUCGCUUAUUCACCUUCGUUCUACUCCUCAUCCUUCUCGCUUCCCCUCUCGGAAUCGCAAACAGAGCACAAACAGAGGACUCUGUUUCCAAAACCAAGCUUCAAAGCACAGACAAUUCCGUUGAAUAUCAUCAAAUUCCCGGUGAAGAACAGAGAAAUGAUCAGCUAAUGAUGGUUACAAAUGGAGAAAUGAACGUAAUCGAAGCAAUUGGCACGGUGAAUUUCUGGCUAUUGUUUUCUGCGAUGAUGUGCGGAAUGGGUUCUGGGUUAGCCACCAUAAACAACAUGAACCAACUGGGCCAGUCUUUGGGCUACAAAACAGUCGAAAUCCACACAUUCGUUUCACUGUGGAGCAUUUGGAAUUUCCUUGGGCGGUUGGGAUCCGGCUAUGCCUCUGAUCUUCUCCUCCGGGAAUUAGGCUGGGCGAGGCCAUUGUUAAUGGCCGUCGCCUUGCUGACGAUGAGCGUCGGCCAUAUCAUCAUAGCUUCAGGCUUCUCCGGGAAUUUGUACUUGGGUUCGGUGAUUGUGGGGAUUUGUUACGGCUCGCAAUGGUCGCUAAUGCCGGCAAUUACGGCGGAGAUUUUUGGAAUAAGGCAUAUGGGUACCAUUUACAAUACGAUCACAGUAGCCAGUCCGAUUGGAUCUUAUGUUUUGUCUGUUAGAGUUAUUGGGUAUAUUUACGACAGAGAAGCCUCUGCCGGAGACAACUCCUGCUCCGGCAAACACUGCUUUAUGACGUCUUUUCUGAUCAUGGCAGCGGUGGCAUUCUUGGGUUUUAUUGUUGCUGUUGCUCUGUUCCUUCGGACCAGGAGAUUCUAUCAACUUCUUGUGCAGAGACAGCUCAAGGAUUAGAUGAACUUGAAAGUGUUGAUUGUAUUCCCAAAAUUUUAUUUUUAUGCUUCACUCUUUCAAUAAUACU